CGCAAGCUGAUCCUGUCCAGAUGGCCGUGCCGUUCGUCCUCCUCCUGAUCGCAUCCUCCUUUCUCCAGAUUUGGGCGUCCGAUCCGGUGACUGGUUUUCUCGAUGGAUUGCUCUUAUGUUUUUGUCGAUCUGGGGGUUCUGAAUUUGACGAUUUUGUUCGCUUUGAUUCAGUUGUACUAUGAAUCCUUUGACGAGCCCUUUGAAGGGCGGUGGAUCGUCUCCAAGAAAGAGGAUUACGAAGGAUUGUGGAGACACUCUAAGAGUGAUGGACAUGAAGAUUAUGGGCUUCUUGUGAGUGAGAAGGGUAGGAAGCAUGCAAUAGUGAAGGAACUUGAUGAACCUAUCAUUCUCAAGGAUGGAACUGUCAUUCUACAGUUUGAAGUUCGACUACAGAAUGGACUUGAAUGUGGAGGGGCAUAUCUAAAGUACCUCCGUCCUCAGAAAGCCGGAUGGACUGCCAGGGAAUUUGACAAUGAGUCUCCAUAUACUAUCAUGUUUGGACCUGAUAAGUGUGGAGGCACAGAUAAGGUGCAUUUCAUUUUCCUGCACAAGAAUCCUAAAACUGGACAGUUUGUGGAACAUCAUCUUAAGUACGCUCCAACUAUCCCUUAUGAUAAACUCUCCCAUGUCUAUACUGCUAUUCUGAAACCUGAUAAUGAGCUGAGAAUUUUGAUUGAUGGAGAGGAAAGGCGAAAGGCAAAUUUCUUAUCUUCGGAUGACUUUGAGCCAGCAUUUAUUCCACCCAAGACCAUACCUGAUCCUGAUGAUAAGAAGCCUGAGGACUGGGAUGAGAGGACGAAAAUUCCAGACCCUGAUGCUGUAAAGCCAGAAGACUGGGAUGAAGACGCACCAGAGGAGAUUGAAGAUGAGGAAGCUGUCAAGCCGGAAGGGUGGUUGGACGAUGAACCGGAGGAAAUUGAUGAUCCUGGAUCCAUAAAACCGAAAGACUGGGAUGACGAAGAGGAUGGGGAAUGGGAAGCAAUAAAAAUUGACAACCCAAACUGUGAAGCAGCACCUGGAUGUGGAGAGUGGAAGAGACCAAUGAAGAGGAAUCCAGCGUACAAGGGAAAAUGGCACGCUCCUUUAAUUGACAACCCAAACUACAAGGGCAUCUGGAAGCCACGAGAGAUAGAUAACCCCGACUAUUUUGAACUUGACAAGCCAGAUUUUGAGCCAAUAAUUGCUAUCGGUAUUGAGAUUUUGACAAUGCAGGAUGGCAUUCUAUUUGACAAUAUUCUGAUAUCUAGGGAUGAGAAGGUUGCUGAGUCAUAUAGAGCAGAGACAUGGAAGCCUAAGUAUGAAGUUGAGAAAGAAAAGGAGAAGGCUGAAGAUGGUGCUGCUGGGUUUUCAGAUAUGCUUUCAGGUUUCCAGAAGAAAGUGUUUGAUGUGCUUUACAAGAUAGCAGACAUCCCCUUCUUGGAGGCAUACAAGAAUAAAAUUAUUGAUGCAAUUGAGAUGGGAGAGAAACAACCCAACCUCACUAUUGGGAUCCUGGUAUCCAUUGUGGUGAUUAUAGUUACUGUUAUAUCCAGGGUUCUGUUUGGAGGAGAGAAACCCAAGGCUCCUGCUGCACCUAUCAGUAAAACUGAGAUUGCUAGAGCUGGUGAAACUGAAGUUCCCGAAAGCAACAAAGAGGAAAAAGAGACUGACAAAGAAGAUGAAUCAGCCCCGCGCCCCAGGAGGUCCAGGAGGGAGACGUAGACCUGACAUGUCUUGAAUUUUUUGAACUUGUUGUUUAUUUCUAGAUUUAAUCUUAAGUUGACCAUGAGAUUGAGGGAACCAUUUUCCUCCUUCAAAAUUUUGGGACAUA